AUGCAUCGAUUCUGUUUCAGAACCCAACCCCUUCUCCGUUCCUAUCAUCCCCGCAAAUACAUUUCUUCAUCAUCUUCCAAUAACCAUCUCAAUUCACAUUCACCCGAAAAACCAUUAGAAAAUCCCCAAAUUGCCCCUCAACAAACUCCUAAAACUCUUUCUCCUGUAACUACUUCUUCAUCUCUCUCCAGAACCUCCGUUAUUGCCCUCUCCGCCGCCGUUGUUGCCUCCGUCGCAUUCAUCUACGAUUACGGCCGCGAACAUCAAUCUGAUGCAACCGGAGAAACUAAUCCUUUCUAUACCACCGCCGUGCAUCGCUCCGCCGACUCUGCUAACCGGAUUUUCCAUCAUGUUAAACGAACCGGUGUUGCCGCCACUGUGCUAUGGCAGUCGUUGCGUUCGGUGUUGUCGUCGGCGAACCAUGAAGUACGCUCUGGCUUCGAGAUUCGUGUUGCGGCGUUGCUGGCGGACAUUGCUGCGGCGAAUUCCAGUCGGAGAGCUGCGAUUGUUGGUGCCGGUGGUGGUGCUGUCGUGGAUUGGCUCCUUGAUUCUGUUGCUGUUGUGAAAGACGCUGGUGGAGGUACUCAGGCGGAAGCUGCGAGAGCGCUGGCGUAUUUGAUUGCGGAUCCUGAUGUUUCUGCGGCUGUGUUUGCGCGACCUCAGGCGGUUCCAAAUCUGCUGAGGUUUAUCUUCUCUUGCAAGCCUCGACGUUCCAAGAAUAAAACGAAAAAUUCAAGACGUAGUGGAUUUGAUAUUUCUGAUUCUUUGAAAGGUAGGAGCAUGCUUGUGGCUGCUAUUAUGGACGUUGUUACUUCCAGCUGUGACAAUGCAGACAAGAUAUCUUUUAAGCCGUCUUUGCCUGGAAAUGCUGAAACCAGAGAUAUUGCUGCAGCCCUACAAGUUAUCGAGGAAGGGGGUUUACAUUUAGACGAGCCGCCCGAUGAUGACGACGAUGAUGGUGGGAUAGGAAGGAAAGGGAUUGGAAUCAAGAUACUUGAAGGUACAACUGUUUUAGGACUUUCAAGGACCCGUGAUGCAAUGGAGUUGGAUAAUACUGAUUUUGGUCAUGAAGAACCGUUGAAUCAUGGUAUAUCGACAACAGAUUUUGGUAAAGAAAAACCGUUGAAGCGUGGUACAACGACAGCCCUUAUGUAUCAUAAGUUUGAUGACUCGCUGGUAAAACAAAAUAUGUCCUCUGCUGUUGUACCUGGUCUCUGGGAUGAUUUGCACUGCGAACAUGUUGCUGUUCCUUUUGCCACCUGGGCAUUGGCAAAUUGGGCAACGGCAUCACAGUUGAAUAGAUCUCGUAUUCAUGAGCUAGAUCAGGAUGGAAACGCUGUCCUGUCUGCUCUAAUGGCACCUGAGAGGUCAGUAAAAUGGCAUGCGAGUUUGGUGGUGCGGUUGCUUUUAGAAGACCGUGAUAUGCCUUUGAAUGAAUCUGUUUCUGAUUGGAGUUCCAAUCUUCUUUCUACUAUAUCUCAUGCAUGUAAGCAUGAAGAUGUUUCGUUGGCUCGGGUAGCUUUUUCUGCUUUUCUUUUAUCUGUUGAAAGGAGUCCUGGGGUGCAGAAAACAGUGAUGGAGAAGGGUCUUAAUUCGAUGAGAGACAUUGGUAAGACAACAAAGCAUAAGCAGGUGCAAGAAGCAGUAGCAAAGGCAUUAGAGCUACUUUGUACUGGGGAUCGUCAUUUAUCUUUUGAAGAGAGUCAAAAGUGGUCAGGCAUUCUUAUUCCCUGGGUUUUUGGAACAUUUUCUUCUGAUACUAUACGAAGUUCGUCCAUAAAAAUUCUGUCUCAGAUCCUUGAUGACUAUGGAGCAAAAACAGUACCACUUUCCCAAGGAUGGUUGGUUAUGCUGUUAAAUGAGGUACAAAAUUCCAUCAAGAAAUCAAUUGAUAAAGGAGCCAGUCAACCAAAAAGUGAUAAAGUGAAGACUUUAAUCAAUAAUGCAAAUAUUGCUUCAGCGGCACAAGUUGCAAAUCAGCUUUCUAGUGCUGUUGUUAAUCUGGCAGCUAAACAACUGAGUUCUGUGUCUAAUUCUGAGGAUAUAUCCCCACUGGCAGACUUUCUUUCUCUGGAACCUUUAGCAGGACCAUUUAAAAGUUUGAAAAAGGAUAGUCAACCUAAAUUUGGUGCUGCAGAAUCUGCCUUGGCAACCCUUAAAGGUAUUAAGGCACUCACUGAAGUUUGUGCAGAAGACUCUGAGUCUCAGGACAAGAUUGUAGAUUUCGGCAUUUUAUGUUUGCUGAGGCGCUUUUUGUUGAAUGAUGAUUAUGAGAGACUGGCUGCUAUGGAAGCUUAUGAUGCAUCAUCAAGAGCGCAUGAGGGGCAGGAGAGAAAGUCAAAUGAAGGUGAGGAGCCACCUAGAUCAGAUAUAAAUGAUCCAGCUAGUGUCCGAGUUCCCCCCACAGCUCAUAUCCGCAGGCAUGCAGCUCGGUUGUUGACCAUCCUCUCACUGCUUCCCAGAGUCAAGAAAGUAAUUGUAGCUGAUAAAACAUGGUGCAGUUGGCUUGAUGAUUGUGCUAAUGGCAAGAUUCCAGGUUGCAGUGACCUUAAGUUGCAAAGUUAUGCCAGGGCAGCACUUUUAAAUAUAUUUUGCAAUGAUGAGCAUAAUAGGAGGUCUGACAGUGCUGGCCCUUCUGGUGGUGUUGUAAAUAAUUAUAAUAUGUGUCCCCGAUAUGAUGACAUGAUAUUCUUGAUAAAUUCUCAUCUCCCUCAUUGGAAGUGUUCCAACGGAACAUAUCCACAAGGAUCUUUCUCAAAAGACAUAUAUGUGUCCACAGCUGCUGUUGUUGAGGAUGGCACCUGCUCUAGUGGUUCAAUUGAUUCAACUAAAAGCAGUCUAGAUGCAGAUUGUCCUCCACUGGAUGUGGUUUUUGUCCAUGGUCUCCGUGGUGGCCCUUACAAAACUUGGCGUAUAUCUGAAGACAAAUCCUCGACUAUGUCUACCUUGGUAGAGAAGAUUGACGAGGAAGCUGGAAAGCUAGGAACAUUUUGGCCUGGUGAAUGGCUUUCCAGUGAUUUUCCCCAUGCGCGCUUGUUUACCCUCAGAUAUAAGACUAAUCUCACACAGUGGUCUGGAGCUAGCCUGCCUCUUCAGGAAGUUAGUUCUAUGCUAAUGGAGAAGCUUGUUGCUGCAGGAAUUGGGAAUCGGCCUGUUGUUUUUGUUACUCACAGCAUGGGGGGUUUGGUCGUGAAGCAGAUUCUUCAUACAGCAAAGGAGGAAAAACAUGAUAAUCUUGUGAAUAACACUAGAGGAAUAGUAUUUUAUAGCUGUCCACACUUUGGCAGCAAACUUGCUGAUAUGCCUUGGCGAAUGGGCUUUGUACUUCGUCCUGCUCCAUCGAUAGGAGAGCUAAGAAGUGGGUCUUCAAGAUUGGUCGAGCUUAAUGAUUAUAUUCGACUACUUUAUAAGAAAAGCAUUCUUGAUGUCCUCAGUUUUUGUGAGACCAAGGUAACUCCAAUAGUGGAAGGUUAUGGUGGAUGGGCCUUUCGAAUGGAAAUUGUACCAAUUGAGUCAGCAUAUCCAGGAUUUGGGGAACUAGUUGUAUUAGAGUCAACAGAUCAUAUAAAUUCUUGCAAGCCAGUGAACCGCCUAGACCCUUCUUAUACGGAGACAUUAAAGUUCUUACAGAAAUUAAAAGCAUGUUAUACCUAA